UUCCUCUAAUUUGUGCAUGCAUUCUUUAGUAGAGGUACACCAUGGAGAAGAUGUCUCCCAAUAGGAUACGUGUAGCCGUGAUCGGAGCCGGGGGAGCUGGUCUCUGUGCGGCCAGACAUCUCCUUUCACGUCCUCACACCUUCCAACCUCCAGUGGUGUUUGAGAUCUCUAGUCAGGUAGGUGGAACCUGGUUAUACACAGAGGUUUCAGAGAACGAAUCCCACCAACACUCCAGCACGUACAGAAACUUAAGGACCAACCUUCCCAAAGAGAUCAUGGAGUUCCCCGAUUUCAGCUUUGACCCAUCGCUUCCGUCUUUCAUCCAUCACAGUGACGUUUUACGGUACCUGGAAGAAUACACAGACAACUUCAACAUACGGCCACACAUCAGGUUUAAUAGCAGAGUGACCGGUGUCUCUCCUGUAUUGAGGGAUGGGGAGCGUGGCCAGGUGCCAUGGGACGUGACAUCUCACACGCAGGGAAACUCUCACCCUGUGACAGAGAGGUUUGAUGCAGUUAUGGUGUGUGUGGGGCACUACUCUCAUCCUUAUAUUCCAGACAUCCCAGGGAUUGAUACCUUCCAAGGUAAACUGCUGCACAGUCAUUCUUACCGCUAUCCAGAAAUGUUCACCUCUCGUUCGGUGGCCCUUUUAGGUUGUGGACCUUCUGGAGUGGAUAUUGCCCAUGAGCUGGCUCCUUAUGCACAACAAGUCACCCUAUGCCAUCGUGGCCCACCCCCAAAGUGGACUCCUCCUACAGGUGUAACUCUGGCACCAACAGUGGUCGGUGCCACUCCACAUAAUCUAAUCUGUGAGGAUGGAUCUCAACUGGAAGCUGAUACUCUGAUUUUCUGUACUGGAUAUAAAUAUUAUUAUCCAUUUCUGAUGAAAACGAAAGAGCCAAGAAUGCUGAAGAACACAGAAGAAAAUGGAGAGAGUAUAGUUAAAGAGUGUUUUGAGUUCGAUUCCAUAAUGAACAGAACCGGAUUGCUUUUGGCAACUCAAGAAGAGCUGGAAAGUAUUGAACUGAUGAAAUGUAAAGAUAGGUUGGAGUUAAGUAAGAAAAAUACCAAUUGGUUCAUGAUGAACGAUGAACUAGUGGUUCCAAAUGAAGGUCAAGGCCACCUUCCUCCACUCUAUAAACAUCUUAUCCAUGCCCUCUACCCCACCAUGUGCUUCAUAGGCGCAUGCAAGAUAGUGUUACCAUUUCCUCUGUGUCACUACCAGGUUCUCCUAUUCUUGGCAGUGCUAGAAGGAAAAUGCCUACUACCUUCUCCAGAGCAAAUGCUUUCUGAAUCCCUUGAUGAAUUAAAGAACCACCUGAGUUUGCAAUUGCCCCUCAAAUUUCUCCAUCGUCCAGACCUGUGGGAGUAUAAACACUGGCUUGCAGAGACAGCAGGUUUUGAGCCAUUGCCUCCUGUAAUGAAGAAGAUGUUAGAGACUUGCAAGCAAUGGUGGGAAAUAAACCCUGUGUCAUAUCGAGAUUUCAACUUUGAAGUCUUGAGCAAAGAUGAAUUUAGAGUAAUGCAAGGAGAUGCAAGUAUCUUAGUGGAGCCCGUUUCAUCUACUGGUACAUCUGAGAGCUAAAUUGUUUGCUCAAUUUUUUUACUAUAAAUC